AUGUCUUCCUCUCCAUCUUCUACGGGUGCUAAGAGGGCUUGCGAUGCGUGUCAUCGACGAAAGGUCAAAUGCAACACCAGCGACGGUGCACAACCAUGCAGGAAUUGCGCUUCGUCUGGUCUCGCAUGUACCUACAAUGCCAUCCCCCAGAAAAAGGGCCCCAAGGGGAGUCGCGCAAAGGUCAUCAGUGAGCUGAGGGAGAACCAACGACUCGCCGCGACGCACAGAGACUCGUUCGAUAGUCCUCCCGACUCCCCGGCUUACUCCAAAUAUGCCAUCGUCCUUCCACCCGAACUCAUCGACACCUGCAUCGCCUUCUUCUUCGACAAUCUGUAUGCUACUCAGCCGAUCUUGGAUCGCGAGGGGGUGCUGCAAGCAGUUGCGCGGAUGUACGACGACACCGAGGCAUACGUCUUUGUCUUGUCGCUCUGCGCCUAUAUGUGCAUCCAGCCCAACCUUCACGUCUCCGCCGAAGCACUGACAGGCCUGGAGAUCACAAGUCAGUCGACCGUCUCACUUGGAAGACAGCUACUGCACGAAGCCAUACGGAUGCGAAAGAGUCUCAACUGCGUGGAGAACCCGACGAGUUUGACCGUCAUCACAUUGUUCUUCUUCUUUGGCUCGUACUUCUGUCUGGAUCGGCACAACCUGGCGUGGUACUAUCUUCGAGAAGCAACCACUAUCGCGCAUUUACUCGGCAUGCAUGAGGAAUCGACAUACGCAGACGGCGCGCCAGCAGAGGUCUCGCGCAGGAGAAGGCUGUACUGGCUUUUAUUUGUGACAGAAAGAGCAUACGCCCUCCAGCAACAUCGGCCUCUCACACUCGCAGCAACCAUCAAACUUCCCACGCUUGACGAAGACCCCGCGUUGACAUCAGAAUUGAACGGCUUUCUCAACCUCGUCAACCUGUUUCGACCAUUCGACCAUACAUUCGUAGGCCUUUGGAAUCAAAGCCAUGCAGGAACACCGCCUGGAUCAUGGCUACGCCAGAUGCAGCAGGAGCUUUCCGAUGCUCUGCCCGUCUACCUCGACUGCACCGAGUGUCAAGCAGUGGACCUACGACUUUCGCAAUCAUGGCUCAAGACCAUGGUUUGGCAGCUGUCCAUCAGCCACGGUGCCCUUUCGUCCUUGGCGACGGACAAUUCCAUGUCACUCGGAUAUCCCAUUGAAGUUUCUCGACAGCUCGUAGCGGCUACCAGCCAGUUUUCACAGCAAGCGAUGGAGGUCCAUGGGAUUGGCCUGGUUGAGAAAUUGUUUGACGUUGCUUGCACCCUGACGGACGUGAUUUCCUGCGUCCCCCGACAGACCUUCGAGUUCGGCCCGCGAGACUACCUCACCAAGAUCGUGAGCGUCAUCUCCUCGCUCCGAGGAGGACAACAGCGCUAUCUCCCAAUCCUCAUGUCCAAGAUCAACGAGGCGAUGCCGAGCGUGCCGCUCUCUCCGUCGCUCAUACGAGAAGACGGAACACCGAUCUCCGAAGGAGCGCCGCUGAGCGCGACGGAGAGUCUGGGACUUCACCCGUUUAGCAGUCCGGCUUUGAGCGCUGUCAGCCCGCAGAGCAUUGCCUUUGCGCCAUUCCCACACGCCCCGGCAGGCGUCAUGGCUCUGGCUCCGACUCAGGCUCCGAUCACGACGGAAGUUGUUUACGAUGCGCCGGUUAUUUCUGCGCCUCUGCAAAUGCUGCAGACCAAUGGACAUUUGUACCAUGAUUCCCAUGACGUGGGAUUCGGCACGAGCGCUUGA